AUGAGCAACGCGGCUUGUACAACACAACAUCAUGAAAUUGGCCAGGAUUCUGCUACUUGCGGCGGAACUGAUCCAGAGAACGAAGAAAGUCUACAAGUGCAACCUGCAAAUCAUGAAGCGGAGAGUGGAAGCCCUCAUGGAAGACAAAUCGAGAACAGCCUACCGGAAUCAGUUGUUUGCCAAUCAGAUCCCAGAUUCAUGCAGAUAUCCAAUCAGGAUCAUCAAAGGGCAAUGAAAAUCAAGUGUGUUGUGGAAGCCACUCCCAAUUUGGAAAGUUUGUCCGACGUGAUGUAUGUUCAGUUGGCCAUUCUUUGCAAGGGGGACGUGGAGCAUGCCAUGAAUCAUGUCUACAACCUCCAAGCGUUCAAGCAAGAAUAUACUAUUGUUGACUCGUGGGAAGAGGGCAAAGAGCUUUCAGAAGACCUUGUAAGGAACUUGUUUCCGGGCUGGCUUCUGUCCUUUGAUUUUGAUGAAGACCAUGGCAAUUCUUUCAUUGCGCUUGAUCUCACCAAGGUAGACAAGCGAUCCUUCCAAUGCCCGAGAACUGCAAGAAGAAUCUUUGCAGGAUUGUACUACAUGUUUCAAGCAUUGUUUCCCAAUCUUGAGGUAGUCAGAAAAGGCCAUACGCAGGUUGUUGAAUGUGAAGGAUUUGACUUGUCCAGGAAUAUGGUGGACAUCAAUAUAUUUGUGAGGCUCAUGACAGAAAUCCAUGGCUCUUAUCCCACUGCUUUCGGUGGAGUGUAUUUCUAUCAUACACCGAUGGCAAUCAAUUUGAUGCUUGCUCUUGCCAAAAGAUCCCUACCAGAACAUCUGGUUUCCAAUAUUGUCAUGGGGUGUACUUUUGUUAGUCGUCUAGACCAGUUCUAUGCAAUUCCCACGCUGGAAGCUGCUUCUCAGCGAGCAUUGGACAAAAUUCAAGAGUCACUCCGGAUCCGAUAUGAGAACGAACAUACAUUUUCACUCUGA